ACCAAAAACCUAUUACCAUAACACAAGAAGAUAAGACUAUUUAAAAAGAGUUAUAGUAAGGAUGGUAACCAAAUGAAAAAAAAAGGCGGUACCUUUAGGACUCCCGCUAAAUAAUAUAUACUCUCUAAAAAAAUUUCACAUGUAAAAUAAAAUUAAAUAUAGAAGAAAGAAACCCUUUCUCCCACCCGAUCCCUAUACUUUCCUUUCUCCCUCUCUUUAUCGCAUUCUUUCUGCUAGGCCCGAACGACGACGAUAGGGGCUCGGGGAAUGGUGGUCGACGGUGGCAAAGGGGUCAUGGUCAGGCUGUUCGGCGGCAGGGGGCUCGGGGCUGGGCUCGACUGCAACGACUGGUGGCUCGGGGCUGGGCUCGACAGCAACGACAGGUGGCUCGGGGGCUGGGCUCGACGGCGGGUGGGGAGGUCUCGGGUCUGGGCUCGACGUCGCAGGGGCUAGGCAGAGGGUUGUUUGGCUUCGGGACUUUGACCGACACGAGAGCUAUGGCCAUGGCUGAAUCUAACGAUUUCGUUUCGGUUGAUAUGGAGAGGAUCUUUCUCGGUGGAAAGGUUGUGGUAACCAUUUGGUAUCGUGCACCAGAGCUGCUCCUUGGGGCAAAACAUUAUACAAAUAUGUGGGCUGUUGGAUGCAUUUUUGCCGAGCUUUUGACUUUGAAGUCACUGUUUCAAGGAGCUGAAGUCAAAGCUACCCCAAAUCCAUUUCAGGUCCUUCUUUCGCCCACUGUCCUUGACCGGCUUUGACUUUUUAAUAAAGUGAUUCCCUUGUGAGAUUGUUAUAAACCUUUUUGCUUUCAUUUAGUUCUCUCAUGCUUCUUUUUUUUUUUUUUCAACUUGACAAGAUAUUCAAGGUCUUAGGUACUUAUUUCAUUCUACUAUAAAACUCUCUUAUUUCUUUUCUUUA